AUGCUGACCCGCGCAGGAUGCGCCGGCUUCGUCCACUUGGCCGUAGACAACGGCUUCUCCCCCGACCCCACCGUCGUCGUAGACGGCUUCGUCGUGCUCACCCUCCGCGCUCUCGAGGCCGCGGCCUCCGAGCCCGGCCUGCGUCGCUUCGUCCUGACGUCGUCCUACAUCACGGUGUGCCAUUACCACAUGAACGGGGCCUACGACGUCACGCAGGCCAGCUGGAACGACGAGUACGUCGUGGUCUAUCCCGACGGAGCUGAUGGGCGCCGGGAGGAGACCCAGGACGGCCAACGCGGCGCUGAGGAGGGUAGAGCCGUUAGUCCUGGCACCUACGCGCUGACGGCAGCGACAUUUACACCCGGUCAUGUGUCUCUGUUGUACGCUUCAACCGUAAGCCGAGAGUCUUUUCUGGAAGAAUGGCCGUCCGAGACCUUCAUUGUCGACGCGGGCGAGCAAAGACCGGCCUGGGCGGUGUUCGCCGAGCUCCGGCCGCCACGUCUCAUGGAGAUGCGGUUCCUCCUCAACACGGGCGAGCUGCUUCUGCGGCCGUCCCACUGGCGCAUCGAUAGGGCCAGGUGCUUGCUGCUGAUGGACCGUUUCUUCGACAUUAUGGCGUCCGAACAGACGGCCAGCCCGGCGAACCCCGGGAACCCCGGCCGCGAGCUUCUCGUCUUGAGCGAAGAAGACACAGCUAUGCUCAUUUCAGCAUGCAAGACCGCCGGCAUCAACGUCACGGCGGCUCUCCACGCGGCCGUUAUUCUUCAGAUGCGGGAGAUGGCCCCGUCGGAAAUAAGGAGUAACAACUUCAUGAAGGUUCUCAUGUGUGAUAUGCGCUCCUACUUGCUCGAGCCGUGCGUGGAAGCCCUUCCACCCUUGCCAUGCGCAUCUUUUAUAGCAUUUCUUAGCAGAUUCUUCGAGUUCAGACAUAACACAAGUGCCUACGCGGUGAUUAUCUGCUCCAUGCUCGCUCGCAGAGCGGGAAUUUUCAGUCACUGCGUCCUGCCUCUGUUGCGUUCAGACAGAUACUGGACAUGGGCGCCGCUUCAACAGAGAUACCCUCGGUCGUAUCAGCCGUAUUGA